AUCAGAGCUCCCCUCUCACCCCGCCUGAGCAGUGACUAGUAUCAGUCUGUUGGAUUCACCUCCAGUCGAGCAGCGAGCCCGUUCACAGAGCCUGCGACGCGGACACAUAAUGCCCGGAAAGUGAGACCUGAGGCCGGCAGGACAGUCCGGAUCUUCACGCUGGAUUCUGUGGAGACACUCUGAGGGACAGACCGGAGUCUCCUGCGUCGGAUCCGCAGCAUUAGGCCUCAUGGAGUCGGGGACUCGACGCCUGCUGUGCACCAGGGAGCUCGACCCAUGCCCGGUUCCCAGCAAACAACCAUAAAGGGUGGGAACCUUAAUUACCCUUCAGUUCCUCUUUCCCGCCCCUCCCCCUGAAUUGCCCCUGUGGUGACUUUGUCCUCUCCCGCCUGUGGGCCGCCGCAUCAUGAUCGGCAAGCUGAAACAGAACCUGCUGGUGGCCUGUCUGGUCAUCAGCUCGGUCACGGUCUUCUACCUGGGCCGCCACGCCAUGGAGUGCCAUCACCGCAUCGAGGAGCGCAGCCAGCCGGGCGGUAUCCUGCCUCUGUCAGCGCUCGGCGGCAGCAUGCGGACCACCUUACGGACCGGCCAAAACCUCAGCACGCCUUUUGUUUACAACAAAGACAUGCCGCUCGUCUUUAUCGGAGGAGUGCCUCGCAGCGGGACCACGCUGAUGCGGGCCAUGCUGGACGCCCACCCGGAGGUCCGCUGUGGAGAGGAGACCCGCGUCAUCCCACGCAUCCUCGCCAUGAAGCAGAUGUGGAGCCGCUCGGGCCGGGAGAAGAUGCGCCUGGACGAGGCGGGCGUGACGGAUGAGGUGCUGGACGCCGCCAUGCAGGCCUUCCUGCUGGAGAUUAUCGUCAAACACGGAGAGCCCGCCAACUUCCUCUGCAACAAGGACCCUUUUGCACUGAAGUCGCUCGCCUAUCUGGCCAAGAUCUUUCCCCGUGCCAAGUUUGUGCUCAUGAUCCGCGACGGCCGGGCUUCGGUCCACUCCAUGAUCUCACGGAAGGUGACGAUCGCAGGAUUCGACCUGGGCAGCUACCGGGACUGCCUCACCAAGUGGAACCGGGCCAUAGAGACCAUGUACACUCAGUGCCUGGAUGCAGCGGAUAAAUGUCUGCCCGUGCACUAUGAACAGUUGGUCCUCCAUCCUGAGAAAUGGAUGAGGACGCUGCUGAAAUUCCUGGACAUUCCUUGGAAUGACGCCGUCCUCCACCACGAGGAGCUCAUCGGGAAAGCUGGAGGAGUUUCUCUCUCCAAGGUGGAGCGGUCCACAGACCAGGUAAUCAAACCCGUCAACGUGGAGGCCUUGUCCAAGUGGGUGGGCAAGAUGCCGGCGGACGUGGUGAGGGACAUGGCCGUCAUCGCCCCCAUGCUGUCCAGACUGGGCUACGACCCCCACGCCAACCCCCCCAACUACGGCAGGCCGGACCCCAAAGUCCUGGACAACACCAGACGGGUGUUUAAAGGUGAAUUUCAGCUCCCUGAUUUCCUAAAAGAACAAUCACAGAUUCAGAAGUCUGCAGAGGGACCAAACCCUAGUUAGGAGCAGAGGGAGUGCCGUCACCACAACACAGAACACACAGUGGAACAGGAAGUCAUGAAGAUCAUCUCGCCGUCAGCGUCAGGCGUCGCCACCUUUCAGAGGUCACAUGACUGGAGACGGACGGCGACCUCACCAUCAGCACCUCCACCUACGGGCUGCUACCACUCCUCCCCGUGAGGAGGACUCUUGGCCUUGGAUGUCGUACUGUACAGAAAUAAUACUAAUAUUCUCACACCCACAGAAUGUCUGCUGAUUGUUCUCUUCGUGUCACAUCACGCUCAUCCAUUUUUUUUUAGAAAUGAUUUCAGGCUUUUUAGAGACGAGGAAACGAACUCUGUGAUUCUGUUGUAAGAAACUGCAGUGAAGCGAAAUCGCAAAGAAGUAUUUAUGAAUGGAAAAAUUAGCUUUUGAAAGAUGCAAUACCUAUUUUAAUGUUACUUUUUUUCAUGCCUUUGUAUCGUGCAAUGUCAUGGGUACUGAUCAGUUUGAAGUAUCAACCGUGAUAAACAAUGCUUUUUAUAAA